GUGGGCGCCUACAGCGAGGUCACACCUAGAACGCCGGCCGACAGCAAGCCAUUCCAGUCGUUCUUCAUCUUCGGGGCUCUGACAGGGCCCCUGAUGAGCUUUGGCUACGCCGAGAUCAACGGGAUCGCCGCCGGAUUCGGGUAUAACUCGCUGGUCAACCUGCCGUCCGUCGAGGGUGUCUCGCAGUUCCCCUUCAUCGGCAUCUUGAAUCAAGACAGCGGCGCCAGCGACCCCAUGACAACGUUGACCACCUUCACCGACGGGAAGACCGUCGUGCCCCAGGUGGACGCCCUAUGGUUGGCCGCCGGGUUGAAGCUGCGAGCCUUUGAGCUGGUCGACAUCACCGCCGUCGUGUCUCUGCAGCUCUCACAGGGGGAUCCAGUAUUAGCCAUCGUGGCCGACGCGACGGCGAUCAUCCCGCAGUCGGCGAGCGUCGACAAAGCGUUUGCCCUGCUCGACUUUGGGCUCAAGGCCACCCUCGACCUCUCCGACGGCACGCUGAUCAUCCAGGGCAGCCUGAGCACACGAUCCUUCCUGCUCAGCAAGGCGUGCCAUCCUACCGGCGGCUUCACGCUGGCCGUCUGGCCUGCCUCUUCCAGCCACGGCGGCGAUCUCUGCUUCUCCGUGGGCGGGUUCCAUCCCGCGUUCUCGAUACCGGCGCAUUACCCAACCGCUCCAGCACGGCUGGGGAUCUCGUGGGCGUACGACGCCCAUCUGAGCAUCACCGGCGGCGCAUACUACGCCGUCACGCCUGCGGCGAUCAUGGCGGGGGCCUCGAUGCAGGUGGUGUUUGCCCUCAGCCGGCUGCAAGCACACUUCAACGCACACGCCGACUUCCUGCUCGAGUUCGAGCCCCUGCAUUACCAGGCCGCCGUGAGCAUCCUGGCCAGCAUCUCCUGCCAGAUUGGACGUGGAUGGCUGUCCACCACCCUCGGCUUCAGUCUGUCGGCCGAUCUGGACCUCCACGGGCCUCCCAUGGCGGGCACGGCCAGCUUCGACUGCCAUGUCGUCAGCUUCCAUGUCGCUUUUGGCCAUUCUGUCCCCGAAGCCAUCCCCUUGACGCUGGAGCAGUUCUGGAAGAUGCUCUCCAAGGACGCGCCGGACUCGCAGAACCAUGUCAUGGCCGUCGAGGGAGGAUUGAUUCCUAGCAAGGAGCAGCCCAGCAACUGCAAAGACAAAAGAAACGACACUGCCCUUGUUCGCAGCUCCGGGCUGACUCUAGGAGUCUAUACUCGCACGCCCAUCUCGACAGCGACGUAUGCAGGCAAGACCCUUGAGAGCAGGACUCCGAUCUACAGUCGGCCAAUGCAGCUCAACACUUCGACUCUUGUGUCCAAGCUCGAAUUCAGCAUCUCGCCACAGCCAGAGAGAGAGUUUACCAUUUCUCUAGUCCAGAACCAGGUUCCGUCUUCCAUGUGGGGGAAAUGUAAGACUGAUCUUUAG